AGGAAGUGGCGGCGGCGGCGGCAGGAAGGCGGGGAGGGGAUUCCCGAGCCAGCCGGGCGCUCGCCCUCCGCCCGCCGGCUGCAGCGUCGCGCGGCCAAGGUCAGAGGCUCCGCCGCCGCAGCAGCAGCAGCAAACCAGAUCAGCGGGUCAAUCCUUGCCGCGGAGGGGAAAAGCCCCAGGGCGCAUUUGGUUCGCACCAGCAGCCACCAGGGAGGGAGGCGAGAGAAGGUCUCCGAGCCUGCUGGGCCCCACCGAGACAGUCGCGGGCGCAGCGACCCGGCACGGCAGGUGGCCGCCUCUCAGUCUGCGCUCCAGGAGCUGGGGCGGCACUUUGAGCUCUGGGCGCUGUCCGUCGCCUCGUGGUGCUGAACCCAGCCCCACGGCCAAGGGGCCUGCUCACCCGCCUUCUCGCCUACUGAUCGCUCCGAUUGGGGCAGGACAGGGGCAAAAGGGAGCCCCUGGGCAGCUGCCCACUGGAGCCGAGGGGUUGAAACAGGACAGCUAAGAAACGGCAGCCUGGCCGCUGCUCCUGAUGUGCAUAGGAGACGCGCGCUGCAGCCGGCGGCGGCGCUAGUGCUGAUUCAUCACCUAGAGCUCCUCACAGGCCAUCGCGAGGGCAGCGGACUGACUCUGGACUCUGGCCGCAGGUUGAAGCCGCUGGCGCAGGAGCCCCGCGGGUAGGAGGUGAGGACCCCUUCCCUGCUCUUGCCCCCAGUCGUCCUAGGGCGGUGGCGCCAGGACACAGAGAGGGGCGUGCCCCCAGGCUGUGAAGUGGUCAUGCCUGUGUAAUGCCCUCGCCUGCAGUCUCUCCGGUGCUGACCACGCUUGGUCCCCUCCUCCGCCUGUCUCUGGAGCUUGGGCCGUUCCAUCUCCCACCCUGAGCACCUCGGUCUGUUCGCGCCGCGAUGGAGGAGGAGCUGAAGUGCCCUGUGUGCGGCUCCCUGUUUCGGGAGCCCAUCAUCUUGCCCUGUUCCCACAACGUCUGCCUUCCUUGCGCUCGUACCAUCGCCGUGCAGACCCCGGACGGUGAGCCGCACCUGCCCCAGCCGCUCCUGCACUCCCGGGGCUCGGGGCUACCCGCCGGCGCCGCCGCGGCACCCCCUCUGGACCACGACGCGGCGGCUGGCCCGGCCUGCAGCGGCGGAGGCGGGAGCGCAGCUGGCGGCCUGGGCGGCGGUGCGGGCGGUGGCGGGGACCACGCGGACAAGCUGAGCUUGUACAGCGAGACAGACAGCGGUUAUGGUUCCUACACGCCGAGCCUCAAGUCCCCCAACGGGGUUCGCGUGCUGCCCAUGGUGCCCGCGCCGCCAGGCUCCUCGGCCGCCGCGGCCCGGGGUGCCGCCUGCUCUUCGCUGUCCUCGUCCUCUUCAAGCUCCAUCACGUGCCCGCAGUGCCACCGCAGCGCUUCCCUGGACCACCGAGGCCUGCGCGGCUUCCAGCGCAACCGGCUGCUCGAGGCCAUCGUGCAGCGGUACCAGCAGGGCCGCGGGGCCGCGCAGGGGGCGUCCGCAGCCUCUGCAGUGGCCAUCUGCCAGUUGUGCGACCGCACCCCGCCGGAGCCGGCUGCCACGCUAUGCGAGCAGUGCGACGUCCUCUACUGCGCUGCUUGCCAGCUCAAAUGCCAUCCAUCCCGGGGACCCUUCGCUAAGCAUCGCCUGGUGCAGCCGCCGCCACCACCCGCGCCGGCGGAGGCAGCCUCAGCAUCCCCGGGCGCGGCCCAGGGCGCCCCCAGCGGAGGUGGCGGCUGCAAGAGUCCGGGGGGCGCGGGGGCUGGAGCGGCGGGGGGCAGCGCCGCCCGCAAGUUCCCUACGUGCCCCGAACACGAAAUGGAGAACUACAGCAUGUACUGCGUGAGCUGCAGAACCCCGGUGUGCUAUCUGUGCCUGGAGGAGGGCCGUCAUGGCAAGCACGAGGUGAAGCCGCUGGGAGCCAUGUGGAAACAGCACAAGGCCCAACUGUCACAGGCCUUAAAUGGAGUUUCCGAUAAGGCAAAAGAAGCAAAGGAGUUUCUGGUUCAGCUGAAGAACAUCCUGCAGCAGGUCCAGGAAAAUGGACUGGACUACGAAGCCUGCCUGGUUGCUCAGUGUGAUGCGCUGGUCGAUGCUUUAACUCGGCAGAAAGCCAAGCUGCUCACCAAGGUCACCAAAGAGAGAGAGCACAAGCUGAAGAUGGUUUGGGACCAGAUCAAUCACUGCACACUGAAGCUGCGUCAGUCAACCGGGCUGAUGGAGUACUGCCUAGAGGUGAUCAAGGAGAACGACCCCUCUGGCUUCCUACAGAUCUCGGAUGCUCUGAUCAAGCGCGUCCAGGUGUCUCAGGAGCAGUGGGUCAAAGGCGCCCUGGAGCCAAAAGUGUCUGCGGAGUUUGACCUGACCUUGGACAGCGAGCCGCUGCUGCAAGCCAUCCACCAGCUGGACUUCAUCCAGAUGAAAUGUAGGGUGCCGCCCGGCCCCCUGCUGCAGCUGGAGAAGUGUUGCACCCACAACAAUAGCGUCACACUGGCCUGGAGGAUGCCGCCCUUCACCCACAGCCCCGUGGACGGCUACAUCCUGGAGCUGGAUGACGGCGAUGGGGGCCAGUUCCGGGAAGUGUAUGUGGGCAAGGAGACCCUGUGCACCAUCGAUGGUCUUCACUUCAACAGUACCUACAAUGCCAGGGUCAAGGCUUUCAACUCCUCCGGCGUCGGGCCUUAUAGUAAAACUGUAGUCCUGCAGACAUCUGACGUGGCCUGGUUCACCUUUGACCCCAACUCUGGGCACCGGGACAUCAUCUUAUCCAAUGACAACCAGACGGCCACCUGCAGCAGCUAUGACGACCGGGUGGUGCUGGGCACAGCCGCGUUCUCCAAGGGCGUGCACUACUGGGAGCUGCACGUGGACCGGUACGACAACCACCCAGACCCCGCCUUCGGGGUGGCCAGGGCCAGCGUGGUCAAGGACAUGAUGCUGGGCAAGGACGACAAGGCCUGGGCCAUGUACGUGGACAACAACCGCAGCUGGUUCAUGCACUGCAACUCCCACACCAACAGGACGGAAGGCGGUGUGUGCAAGGGGGCCACUGUCGGCGUGCUCCUGGACCUGAAUAAGCACACUCUGACCUUCUUCAUCAACGGGCAGCAGCAGGGCCCCACAGCCUUCAGCCAUGUGGAUGGGGUGUUCAUGCCAGCCCUCAGCCUCAACCGCAACGUGCAGGUCACCCUGCACACAGGAUUGGAAGUACCAACAAACCUGGGGCGGCCAAAGCUGUCGGGCAACUAGCCUCCCGGCCCCAGCUGUUCACCGGCGUCUGGGAAAAGCCCCACCAUCCCUCGCUGAGGUCGAAGGACCCGCGAGGGCAGGACGAUCGCCUUGAGGGGUGCAGCCCAGCAGCCGCUCAGUAUCUUAGAGACGUGUUUUCUUUGGGGGGUGAGAAUAGGUCUGCAGGCCACGCUUGUUGAGGCAGCUGGUUAAUAAGUGGCCACUGGUCGGUGGUGAAGCUGUGUGUGUGUUUCUCUCAUUCCUCCUGGACAUUACGAAUGCUCACAGAGAAGGAACUUUCUCGAGGGAGGGAGAAGGCAUCCGGGGUUUAUGAUUAUGUUUCCUGCCAUCUGUUUUCAAAGCUUGUCUUUUUUGCUGGUGGGGGGGGGGGGGCAAGAGGAGGGCCGACUUUGAGACUGGCAUCCUGAGAGCAGAGGCAGGAAGGCACUUCCGGAAUCCCACUCCCCAAGUGUUGAUUGACCCUUUGCUGGGACACCUCUCUGUCCCGAGGCUGCAGGUUCUCAUCUCCUCCAGGAAAGGUUCUCCUUUUUGCUUUUUUGGUCCUGGAGUCUCCACAACAUUAUGCCCUUGCAGACCUAAUCCAAGGUCAAUAGAAAGGGGCAUUAAUCUUGACCUUCACCAUUCCCACUGACCUUCACCAUUCCCACUGAACUAUUGAGAACCUUUAAAAUGGUUUCUUUUGGUCCUUCAUUAAUCAUCUCUCUCUCUCUCUCUCUCUCUCUCUCUCACACACACACACACACACACACACACACAUCUGCAAAAAUGCAUUCACUCAGUUCUUAGUCCUUAAACACAAAAGAAAACAAUGGAAUUGGAGUGACCACAUGAAGCGUGUCUGCUGGCUGGCAGCUGUCUUCUGGAACUGUAAGCUUGUCUGAGUUGCUCUCUUUCAGGCUUUGGUCCUCCCAGGGGGACCCUGGGGAAGCCUCUUAGAGUCUGCCUACCUUUUCUUCCAGACCUACCCUACUGUCAUCAUCAAAGUAGGAGACAGCCCCCCAUGGCAGUGGUGCCUCUGCCUUGGGAUGGGCAGGUCCUCUAAUGAAGGCAGGAAAUAGCAAUAUCAGCAUGUCCCUUACACCCCAGCCUCCCGGGGUGAGCCUGGCUGUGCCAGAGGCCCAGGCCGAGCCCCCUAGCAGGGCGCCCUCAUGGGCCCAGGAGGUCCCCAUAGAGUCAUUUGCAUCCCUCAGAAACAGAGCUCGCUUUCGGGGGUCUGAUCCCGGAGCCCGCCACAGUCCUGUCCCCAGAGCACCUUCCUGUCCCCUCCUUCUCUUCCUCUUUGUCACCUGCCACCUCCAUUUCCAUCUGGUGGCAAACCUUUCUCCUUUUUAAAAAGAAUAUAUUUUAUCAAGCAUUUUAUUUUUGAGGUUGAGGAGUACCUUGUCCAUUUGCUGGAUUGGAUUUUUAUAAAACUUAGCCCAUAAACCGGCAGCAACUGUGUUUACUCGGUUCUACCUGCUUGUGUAGACACUGCCCUUGUUUUCUGAGCGGCCAAGGCCAAUGCUGUGUAGAUCCUGCCCCCCUAGCAGCAGAUCCUACAAUCCUACCUCAGAGCCCACGCACCCUCGGACCUCGAGGCUGCCUUGUCCCCGCUGUGUGGGCAGACGUGGCCGGCUAGGCCACCUGCCCGGCGUCUUCAGGAGCUGCUUGGUGCUGUUUCGACCUCCGAGCUCGGGUCCUGGCAACCACCUGUGUGUGGAGCUGAGGUCUUGCCUCUUGGUUCUCCGCCAGCGGCGUGGUUUCUCAGGCACCCGGAGGUCUUCCUCGUCCUGUCCCGGACCCCCGCCAGAGCCCUGAGGGGGAUGCAGGCUCCUGCCUGUCCUCCUGCCUGCACCUGCCUCUCCGUUUCACUCCUUAGCCAUAGCUCCGGGUGGACUCAGCUUGCUAGCUGGGGAAGCUUCCUGAAGAUUGGAGGACACAGAGGAGCCACAGCCUUGCUGGGGCUGAUGAAGCAUGGCCGGCAGGUCCAGAUGCAUCGGCUUUGGGAAAAGACUGGCCAGCGUGCCGGGAGUGACACCAGGAGUGAGUGUGCCUGGGGAAGGUGGCAGUGGCUUCCUGUGGUGGGGGCUGGAUGAAAGGCUGGGGAGCUUCCAGAAUCCCCGAAGCUGGGCUCCCCAGGCGGCCCUGGCUCUGCCUCUCCGGAAAGGAGCUGCUGGAGUUCAGCUGGACUUGGUGACACCCUCAGGACAGCCAGCACCGGGGUCAGAGGGAAAUGUGGAACAGGGAGAAGCAGCAGUCCCACAAUGGCGGGGGCGGGGAGGGUCUCUUUAGGAAGAAAAAGGUAAUUUUUCAGAGGGAAGCCGCCAGAACUUGCCGCCUCCCUGCAGGGGUCAGCAGCUCCAGGAGGCCCCGUGAGUGUCCCCAGCAGGCACCUUUCCGGCUUUGCUCCUCCUCCAGGAACCCAGCAGCACCGUGUCAGGCUGUCCUGAAGCCACCUCUCCUGUCCUCAGCACAAAACACCUUUCAGGGACAAGAACGAACCUAGGAGAGAAGGCAGGUCUGUGCCACACUUGUUUUCGAGGGAUCGGCCAAACAAAGAAGGAAUCAUCAACGGCUGUGGCCUGACUUACGUCACCCUCCCAGGAAGCCCCUGGGAUUCGGAGCAGAGGCUACAGGUCGUGAACGUCUCAUUGGCCAUCGAAUUCCCUGUCCCCUUACAAUGUGGUGGCAUUCUUGUACUUAGAAUUGUAUCAGAAUGAUGCUUUUGUUGGGCUGGCUGAGGAAUCACUUGGUGUUUGUCUAUCAAGCAGUUUCAGUGAGAAGAGAAUUCAAAGUAACUUAAA